CCUACCUAGGCGACUACGGCAUUCAUGACGCUCUCGCCGAGCUGGAGCCGCAAAACGCGUGAGCACGUGGAGAUGGGCACGCUAUCUCAAAACGGCCGGGAUCCCCGCGGCGAAACUUGUUCGACGUCACUUUCAGGCCAGAGCAACAACCUCGCGCGCCUUGAUGUUCCGCAUACACCCUGUGAUACCGCGCAAUACCUGGCGAGUGAAUACAGUCGCCAGACAAUGGAACCAGACACGACUAGCUGCGAAGGCGGCGGCGGCCACUCCUAAGGGCGGGCGCGUCGGCAAGGAGAAAUACUGGAGCGACGAGAAACUAUCAAUAAGCCACAAAUAUCCAUUGAGCCUAGCUGUCGCGAAGGUAAUACACCCUGACAAAGAGGUCAAAACGAGGAGGAAGAAAACGCGAAAUGAAAAGAAAGCGGUAACAACGGGAGGCAUCCACGUCAGAACACAGAUCGUAAGUCCUGACCUAUGCGACGACGUAUUCAAAUAUGUCGGUCACGAGUUAGACAAGUACAAAGGUUGCGACAUCCUCGAUAUCAAUCCUGGCGCUGGGCUCUGGUCGCAAAAGCUGCACCAAUACCUCCAACCGCGAAGCCACGUGCUCCUCGAACAACGCCAUGACAAGUUCAAGGAAUUUCUCGACCCUCUCCUCACGGCGCCCGGCUCCAAGUACUCGCUCGUCGACGGAGAUCCAACCGUACUGCAGACAUACCGCGACUUGGUGACAAAUGGCGUAUUCCCGUAUCAGACCGUGCUGGAUGCCGAAGACCCCCGAGCACAGGAGCCAAACAACACGCUGCUAGUUACAGGCUCCCUCGUCUGGGACCCAACACUCCCCGGUCUUGGCUUUGACUCGAUGGCGAAACAGCUCGCCUACCACUUCAGCUCCGCCGCAUGGGCGAAUGACCUGUUCCAUGCCUUUGGACUCGUGCGCACAUUAUUCUGGGUACAAAACAACGAUUACGCUUCUAUUAUUCCCGAAUCUAUCGGUAUCUUGCAGAAGACGACUCGUAUCAUGGAGAUGACACAGAACACGAAACUCUUUGUGACCGCAGAGCGCGCCCCACGCAACAAGGGUAGAGCUUCUUCGGGCCGUAACCCGCAAUAUGAGAUUGAGACUACCGUCCGUGCUAUGGCGAAUGGAAGGAAUCACGGCAUAGAACUUCCACCACACCGACGCGACAACAUUCAUGAUUUUGCUACAGAUAUUGAGCGAACAUCCAACGGCACAGGUAUAGUCAGCCAUGCUGAAAUGGAGGAAUAUCUCCGCGACCAACACCUAGCCGGCAAGAGCGCCGUUGGUCUGCUUCCCUUGGGCACCAUCGAAAACUACGAAGCAUUGAAAGACAUUGCGGAGAAGCAUCCGGAAAUAGAACUAUUUGUUCCAGCGGAGGAAGCUGCUACAAGGAAAAAAAGACGAAAAGUACCUCUUGAUCACCCCUACAAGGCCAAGAUGAGAAUCGCGCACAACUUUUUCGCUUCUCAACAGCAGGCAUAUAAAAACAAAGCGUUGGCAUCGGCCAUUGCAGACAUUGGCGAAGAAAUGUACAAGCUCGAAUGCGAGAUCCUCGGCAUGCAGGAUGGCCUUGAGAAGGAUUCAGCAAUGGCUAGGUUAGCCGAACUGAACACGAAGUGGGAUCAGGGCAUUCAAAGUCAGAACGCAAACUACGCCAUGGCAUCCGUAGCAGAACUCGAUGACCGUAUCUCCAUACGAUCGCCAUCUUCCUUCCACUUACAAUGGGACACCCGCCCUUACGAACCUUUCGUGAUGCGCAACGAUGAAGUCUGGCCUCAGAAUCGCCUGUCCCUUGUCUUCUCCGAACCCACUCCCAAGCCCGUUUCCGAAUUCCCCGACUUCCACAAAUGGGUAACAGACUUUAUGUUCGGACUUUUCGCACAUCCCAAGGAUGGUGUCAAUGCUGCCCUCGACAAGAUGCAGCACGGACUGAGCGAUAUUAUAAACGAGUGCCCUACCUUGAAGGACCCGGAAAAGGGUGGCCGAUUACAAAUGGAACAUCUUAGGGUGAGGAUGCUGACGACCGAGAUGAUCAUCGAGCUUGUGAAAGCGUACAAAGAUUGGCCGUUCAAGGCGCCGGGCAGUGAUCAUAGUGCUUACUUUAAAAACAAGCAUGUGGAAUCUGUGACCGCUGGGUUUCAUGCACCAGAGUCUCUUUAGAAUAUGUUAUUGAACUUCAGAAUCUGUCAACUUUUCUUUUCACGAAUGAAGAAGAUAACACAAUCGAAAUGAAUGCGCAUGACGUGUGGAGUGCCAUUGACGUAAGGAGGCUAAGAGACGUGACGAUUUGGAAAGAAACACGUACGCAGCGGC